AUGACGAGCAUGGAGAGCUUAAUCGGUUUGGUGAACAGAAUACAGCAGGCAUGCACCGUGCUCGGUGACUACGGCGGCGCCAACGACAGCAACGCCUUAUCUUCUCUAUGGGAAGCACUUCCUUCCGUCGCCGUCGUCGGCGGCCAGAGUUCGGGUAAGUCUUCGGUUCUGGAAAGCAUCGUUGGACGUGACUUUCUCCCUAGAGGAUCAGGGAUUGUGACGAGGCGUCCAUUAGUGUUGCAGCUUCACAAGGUUGAUGGCAAAGCGAAGGAGUAUGCAGAGUUUCUUCACAUGCCAGGGCAAAAUAUAACUGAUUAUGCCGUUGUUCGCCAGGAAAUUCAGAAUGAAACUGACAGAGUAACGGGGAGGACAAAACAAAUAUCUCCUGUUCCAAUUCAUCUUAGCAUUUACUCUCCACAUGUUGUCAACCUAACUUUGAUUGAUUUGCCUGGAUUGACUAAAGUUGCUGUAGAGGGACAACCUCAGACUAUUGUUGAAGACAUAGAAAAUAUGGUUCGGUCUUAUGUUGAGAAGCCUAAUUGUAUUAUACUGGCAAUAUCUCCAGCCAACCAAGACAUAGCAACUUCUGAUGCUAUUAAACUUUCAAAGGAGGUGGAUCCCUCGGGUGAAAGGACAUUUGGAGUGUUGACAAAGCUGGAUUUAAUGGACAAAGGAACUAAUGCAUUGGAUGUCCUGGAAGGAAGAUCUUACCGUCUACAACAUCCCUGGGUUGGUGUAGUAAAUCGAUCCCAAGCAGAUAUCAAUAAAAACGUUGAUAUGAUUGUUGCUAGACGUAAGGAGAGUGAAUAUUUUGAAACCAGUCCUGACUACGGGCACUUAGCCAAUAAAAUGGGUUCCGUAUACCUUGCAAAACUUCUCUCGCAGCAUUUAGAGACAGUAAUUAGGGCACGGAUACCCAGUAUAACAUCUUUGAUAAACAAAACAAUCGAAGAACUUGAAUCAGAGAUGAAUCAAAUUGGGAGACCAAUUGCUGUUGAUGCUGGGGCUCAACUAUACACCAUCCUAGAACUAUGCCGCGCAUUUGAUAGGAUAUUCAAGGAACAUUUAGACGGAGGGCGAGCUGGUGGAGAUAAAAUCUAUAAUGUCUUUGACAAUCAGCUUCCGGCUGCGUUACGGAAGCUUCCAUUUGACCGUCAUCUAUCUCUUCAAAAUGUAAGGAAAGUGGUAUCAGAGGCAGAUGGUUACCAGCCUCACUUAGUCGCCCCAGAGCAAGGUUAUCGGCGCCUGAUCGAAAGAGCUCUCAGCUACUUUAGGGGCCCAGCUGAAGCUUCAGUUGAUGCAGUUCACUUUGUCUUGAAAGAACUUGUGAGGAAAGCAAUAGCUGAAACUCAGGAACUGAGACGUUUCCCAACUCUUCAAGCCGAACUAGCUGCAGCUACAAGUGAGGCUUUAGAGAGGUUCCGUGAAGAGAGUAAGAAGACAGCUAUUAGACUUGUGGACAUGGAAGCUUCCUAUCUCACUGUGGAGUUCUUCCGGAGACUUCCUCAAGAAAUGGAGAAAGCGGCAAAUCCAGCCAAUCAAGCUACCCCAAAUGAGGAUCGAUAUGGAGAAGGGCAUUACAGGAGGAUUGCAUCAAAUGUAUCUUCCUAUAUUGGUAUGGUAUCAGACACUCUCAGGAACACUAUUCCAAAGGCUGUAGUUUAUUGUCAGGUCAGAGAAGCAAAACUAUCAUUGCUAAACCAUUUCUACACACAAAUAGGGAAGAAAGAGGCUAAACAGCUAUCCCAAUUGUUAGAUGAAGACCCUGCUUUGAUGGAGAGGAGACAACAAUGUGCUAAAAGGCUUGAACUAUAUAAAACAGCAAGGGAUGAAAUUGAUUCUGUUUCUUGGGCACGAUAA